AUGGCACAGAACAAAACAUCCAAGAGGAAGCGCAAUGCCAAGGCGCAACAGGCGCAACAAGCGCAAAAGAUAGCCAAGAUGGAGGCAGCCUUGCCAUCCCCUGCCACGGACGACUUCGAGCCCAAGAGCCUACACUCUGUCAUUUCGGAGGAGGAGCUCGACAUUGCGACCGAAACUCUGAUUACGCUUGCAAAGCAUCCCAGCUUGACCAAAUCGAAGCUAUGCAAAGAUCUUCGUGUCGCAGUGUACGAUUUCCGCCAGUCUUGCACCACGGGCGUCAACUCAGCAGAGGGCGCCAACCUCACGGGCAGGGUGACUGCAGCCCUUAGCGACGAAAAAUAUCUCGAGGCGAAGAUUCUUCUAGCGGAGAUGCGUCUGCGCAACGAAGAGCCCAAGCUUGGCGCGCUCUGCCGCUGGGUACGCGAUCUCGACGUGGUUUCUCAACCGAACGGUGUCAGCCUUGACAGUCCCGAGCGAUCGAUGAAAGAUAAGGAGCUACUCGCAGUACUGGAUGCUGUGAUGCGGGUUAGCUGCGCCGUCGACAUGACGGCACCGCUACCUUCGGACUCUACUUCACAUAUUUCAUUCCAGUCGUCGUGGGACUUGCGCUCAGGUAGCGCACUUGACCAGGUGUACGCUUCUGUCCUCGACAAGUCCAUCUUUGCGGAAAACCAAGAUGCCAUCACGUCAUCUCUGCGCAUCCUCGAAACGGUACCCGGACACCUGCGGAAACCUCCGAACCGCCAUGCUGCGAUCUUAUACACAACCAAGCCCGAUACUAUACCACUGUCUCCCGAACACUCAUCAAUAACCUACCACAAACACCCAAACGUGCCAAACCUCAGCCUGAUUAAAGAUGUCCUGACGCCUGACGAGUGCAAGGCGAUCAUUGCGGCUGGCGAAGGCGUCGAAUUCUUGCCAGACGAGCCACUGCGGGAUCGUGGCGACUCGUCUGUUCUGGCGCACAACUUUUACUGGAUCAUUGACACGGCAUUCCACGACAAGCUGUGGGCACGCAUCUCUCCCUUUAUUCCUUCUGUCAUUGACGGAAAAAGGUCGCGUGGUCUGAAUCGCCGGUUCCGAGUCUAUCGAUACGUUCCUGGAGCCGAGUACCGAAGUCACAUUGAUGGUGCCUGGCCACCUUCAGGCAUCAGUGCCGACAACAAAUAUAUCUAUGACAAUUCGCCGCCAGACCAGAAGCAAAGUUCGCUCUUUACUUUCUUGCUCUAUCUCAACGACGAGUUCGAGGGCGGUGAAACAAUGUUCUUCCUCCCGUCGCCGCGCGAAGGCACGUUGAAUGCUUACCCGGUCCGGCCAGUGAUGGGAGGCGUGGCACUGUUCCCACACGGCGAAACCAAGGGCGCUCUACUACAUGAAGGCACUAGCGUUACAAAGGGUGCGAAAUACAUCAUCAGAACAGAUGUCGAAUACGACGUUGAGCCUUCAGAGUAA